AUGCCUAUAGAACGUUCAAACGUUGGCGUACUACCAUCGUUGUGGAUGUCACCCCAAUCCACUACACCUUCGUCACCUUGGUCCUACUCGCCUCUCACUCAACUGACUAUACCUCAGAACGGAAUCACUCACCAGGAUUCGUCACCGCACUCUGCUCAGAAGCCCUUGCCACCUUCCGCGAAGUCCUCCCUUGCUCUGGACACCAAACAACCCAUCUUUAGUGAUAUUUUUUCCGAUGAUCUGUUCAUUCCAACGACCAAAGAUGCUGGCCCCAGUUCCUAUACAUCCCCCAGAUUGUCAGGCUCCCCCGAUCUUCAGUCGGCGUCUCUGGAACAUUCAGGAGAAAAACCAGAGGAACUUGCCAAACAAGAUCCCUUGGCAGCCCAGGUCUGGAAAAUGUACACUAGGACGAAGGCACAUCUUCCUCAUGCUCAACGAAUGGAAAAUAUCACUUGGCGGAUGAUGGCUCUGGCACUGAAGAAAAAGAAAGACGAGGAAGAAGAGGCAAAUCAGAAUGAUGUGGUGGCAGAGAGGAAGGUUAGGAUAAAGGACGAAGUCACCACUCCACCCACUCCCACCUCCAUGGCUGAGCCGUCUUCCUCUAACAUCGGUGGGGAGGAGAGAGGUCGAUCCAUUGCCAAAGGUAAAGGGAAGGUGCGGGUUGUUGGAUUCGAUGGCACUAACCAGGAUGGUACGGAGGACGACGAUGCUGUUCCCAUGGACUGGCGGGCUGUGAGUAGAUCUCGGUCACGGAUCUCCAUGGAUUGGAGACCGCAAAGUCGCUCUCGUUCUCGGCCAGGAUAUGGAUAUGACCAAGGGGUCAUGUCUGUCCAAUUCGAUGGGCAGUUCCCAUUCCCCCCUAUGGGAUAUGCCCGACGCGUUUCUGGUGACAUGAAGGGCCUUGCGGGUUCUCCAAGCAUACCCAUUCCAAGUACUUCCGCACUACCUGCGCAUCGGCACCCCUCAUCGUCGUUGCAUUCCGCAUUAUCCGCCGUGCAUGAAGGUACUGUUGAGCAUGUAUCUGUGCCAUACGGCAGUUCCUCCCGUCAGAACGCGUGUAAUCAUCAAAUGAGUCAUUCGCUCUCCGUUCUCAAUACCCCCGCUUUCCAGCCUUCUUCUCUUCCUCCUUUCGGUCUCCACGGUCUUUCCAAGCUCCCGACAGAGGACCAAUCAGCAAAACCUCGUGUGUUCCCAAAACACGUGCGCAAGACGAGCUUUGAUCACACCGUGGAGAAGGAGGGAUUUUUCAUUGGGCCAAGCGGUAGGCAUCAAGUGAAUGGGAAACCCUUGUCCCCAGACAGCCUCUUGGGGCAGAAGCGGCCGGCUGAAGCCGUUCUCGCUGAGAGUUUGCUGCGUGCUGAUCCCUCAGAUAUCGAUGGUACUAAUCCGCGGCUACCACAACCCCGGGACGCGGAUCAGUACGUCAACAGUGGUUCUUUUCCCUCCACGACUUUCAAUUUCAGCUAUCCUCCAUUCGAUGGGAUGUUUGACCUGUCAGCUCAAGGAAGUUCUGUGGCGCAUAACGAGUUCUCGCAUAUGCUGCAUGCUUCAGAUAGCGGGCGAUCGUCUGACCUACCCUUCCCUGAUUCUGCAUCACAUUCGCUUGCCGGACCUACUUAUACGUCUUCAGUAGGUUCUCCUCAUGGUAUAAACGAGGGACUCUCUGCGGCUGCAGCUGCCAACGCCGCCAUGACGGAGCGCUAUGCCCAGCCAAAUUCGGCCAAUUUCUCUUGUGAUGAAGGCGGUCUGGAGUACCACAUCCUCGGACUUCCCUUUGCGUCUCUGGAUGCUAGUGUGGGUCUUGCUCAAGGACCUUACACGCACGUUGAUCCCACGCAGAUUCUGCCUGUGGACCACACUGGUGAAACCAUCCUGCAGAGUUAUCACCCAAGUCCAUCGAGCGAUUGGGGGAACGGUAUACCCACUUCUUCCACUGCAUCCCCUGAACCUUACACCGCCCCGUCACCACCGUCAGUCGAUGGCGCCAACUCCCGCUCACAGAAUCGCAAGAUUGCGUCAAUGAAGCGAAUGGUGCAGGAUAUACAGCGGAAGAAAUCAACGUCGGGCGCGACUGUUAAUGCUGUUGCGGAUUCUCGAUCGUCAACAAGCACCCCUGAUCCGACGACCGAAGGCAGUAGUAGCGCAGUGAAAGGGAGCAGCGAGGAUGGGGAGCAACCGCCCACAUCAUGUACAAAUUGUCAAACAACUAACACGCCCCUCUGGAGACGAGAUCCAGAGGGACAACCGCUAUGUAACGCGUGCGGAUUGUUCUAUAAAUUGCACGGAGUCGUACGGCCGUUAUCGUUGAAGACAGACGUAAUAAAGAAAAGGAACCGUGCCUCUGGAGCACCGAAUGGCAAUGCCCGCAAAGGAAAUGCAGGUUUACCCAAACUUGCUGCUUCGACACGCCCCCGCGCGUCUACCACAAGUACGCUUCCGAGCGGCUUGACGGCUCCACGUGGGGCGCCCAGUAGUCCUAAUACGCCGCGUCCUCCACCCUCAUUCCCCGGUCUUCAACCUGUAGCUUCCAAAGACAUCCAAGUUAGCCGUCGCGUAUCUCGAACGGACCUUGAUUUCGAGCAGGCGUUGCGCACGGGCGGAACCGCGACGCUUAAGGAGGGUCUGGAUGUAAACUCCCUCGGUGUGGAGGACAGCCCAGCACCCUCUUCGAACCCCGUUGAUCAACGUUGUCAACCCCGGCACGGGUCUACCUCGCCAGCCCCCCAGAAGGAGAUGUACACUUCUCGCCCUUUACCGGCACCUGCGACACCCGUCGUCGUGCCCCCGACCCCUUCUCCGGGCCCUGCUCCCACCGCUCACGCCAUCGCCUCCACCAACGUACAAAGAGCCACUUCGUCCUCCUCAUCUAACGAAAUCUUCUACGAUGCUGAGGAUAUUGACAUGCAGCAAUCUAAACGACGAUCUAUCUACCGCUCUCCUGGUACAUCCAGCAGCCCAGAUCUCGCUACUCUCUUGCGAAAAGCAAAAGGACGGGGCGGUGUCGUCCCAGCUAAUCUCGUUCAGAGCCAGAAGGAAAAGCGGUCGGAACCGCCUCCCCCAUUGCCCAGCGCGUCAUGUUCGUUCUCGUCCACCGCCCCUACCGCCGUCUCUUCUGGUACGCUUCGUGCACCAGCGCGUUCAAGGUCGUCGACCUCUUCGGCUGCCAAUAGCCCUGCACCCCCAAAAUUAUCCAUCACCCCAGCGCCCUACAGAGCUAGCGCGAAGUCUGCCAAGGAUCCUAUAAGCCCCAGCGGCUCGGACUGGGUGUCGAAAAACUCCGUCAGGGCCAAGACGAGUGCGUUUUUGGGUAGGAUGCUGGGGCAGUCCACGACUCGCGAGCGUUCUCGCACCGAUGCCUCGUUACCCGGGUCUGCUCACGGACGAUCCACUUUUGCUGAUGUCUUUGGUUCUCCUGUUCCCCCUUUACCAAGUGAUGUCCCUGCCCAACGUCCGCCCACCGCAGCUUCUGUGGACAUCUUUACGAGUCCUCCAACCAACCCCCGCAAUCAAAAGCCUUUGCCGCCUAUCCGCGUGGCACCAAUCGACCGCGCGAGCAACGAAUCCGAGGCAAGUUCCCUGGUCGUGAUUGACCCUAUUUCCCGUAUGAAAGUCCGUACGCCCUCUCCUGAGGAACGUUCUGUCAACCGUCCGGGAGCCGAUAAAUUUAUGGGCCAUGGAAAGCGGCGGAGCAUGAGUGUCAACGAUGUUGACAUACAGAAAAUGGACUGCCAAUCAUCACCUCCACCAGCGUUACCACCGAAAGGUUAUGAUACCAAUACUGACGAUCGCGCUUGGGAUUCCAACACCUCCCUCAGCGGCAUCCUUAGCGAUUUUAGAGCAUCUUCACAUCAAGAACUCACCACGAGUGACCUUAUCAUCAACCGAUACGCUUCGAAUCCCGCUUUCUCCAAAAAAGAGGAUGAAACCACAGACCCAGAAGAACGAGGAAAGGAGCUUGCAGUAAAAUGCUAUCAAGAAGAUGAGGAAUUUUUGGCCAAGGACAAAAUUGCUGAAUGGUUGGGUGGCAAUGGUCGAAUUAACAAGAUCGCUUUACACUAUUACAUGGGCUACUAUGACUUUACAGGUCUCAGGCUGGAUUCUGCCUUCAGGCGAUUGUGUGCGAAGCUAUAUCUGAAAGCUGAAACCCAGCAGGUGGAUCGUAUUUUGGAGGAAUUUAGCAGACGCUUCUGGGAUUGCAAUCCCAGUCGUGUUUAUGGGAGUGCCAGUGUCCUCCAUGCGGUCACGUAUUCAUUGUUAUUACUGAACACUGAUCUUCAUGUGGCGGACAUUGCCAACCGGAUGUCCCGAAACCAGUUCGUACGCAACACUAUGGCAACGAUCCAAAUGCAGCUUCACUCAAAUCGACAAGGUUCAAGUACCGAGCUUGACCACGACGACGAUAGUAGUAGCCCAGUUGGCUCGGAGGGAACUGAGACGCAGUCACUAGCGCGCUCGAAGAGGAGCGGAAGUAAUGCAAGUUGGAACAGCGUAUCCAAGGAUACUUUUAUUUCGACAGGAGGAACAUCUUCCACACUUUCCGCAACUCACCCUUCGCAAAAUAGCAGCACGACGUCUUUCCAACAUCCCUCCGUGAAUGAACCAAAGUCACCGAACGUACAUGCCAUUUUUGACCGCAGUUGGGAGUUGGAGAUGGAAAGCUUGCUGAAGGUGAUGGCUGCCUUCCUCACCCCGGCUCUCGGCUUCGCUUCAAAUCUGUCGCAUACUAUUAUUCGUGAAGCGCAAGAGGAUGAGGAUCGUAGCUUUACCAGCAUCGUGUCUGAUUCGACAAAUAUCAGUAUAUCCGACGAAGAACUCGCUUUGUUAGGUGCUCCCUGGGCGAAAGAGGGCAUGCUUUGUCGUAAACAGUACUGGGAGUCAGCUGGAAAACGAGCGAAGUCCAAAGGCUGGAUGGAUGUUUUUGCGGUCAUACAACGGGGCGAACUGAACAUGUUCGUUUUUGGAGCCCAUGGAAGUACUUCUACUACUGUCGUCGGUGGUGGAAACUGGCUUGAAAAUGCCCAGUCCGUGGGAACCGUGCAGCUCGCACAUUCCCUGGCACAUGUGCUACCACCUCCAGGCUAUAGCAAGCAACGCCCGCACUGCAUGGUGUUGACCCUUGCGAAUGGUGGUGUCUACUUCUUUCAAGCGGGCACGGAGGAACUAGUGAACGAGUGGGUUUCCACGUGCAACUAUUGGGCAGCGAGAACUAGCAAGGAACCACUGGCCGGUGGUGUCUCCAAUAUGGAGUACGGUUGGAGUCGCGUGUCCGACGCAUUACACCCGCGUUCCGUUUCAGAAAACGAUACAACGCGCGACCUCGAUCGUACCGACACACUCAGUGUACGUAGCAGUCGCAGCAACCGGAGCAAGUUCGGUUGGAAUGGGAUUCAGACGGUUCGUGCUCCGCAUUCCCCGUGGUCGGACAGGACAUACGUCAACGACUGGAAGCCCCCGAUACCCCCAUCUAUAUCCAGCAUUAACGAUGAAGAGACUCAGUUGGAGGCUCUCCAAAAAUAUGUUGGAACGCUGAAGAAAGAUCUGAAACAUCAUAAUGAGUUACGUGAACCUAUGGCCGCCCUGUACCCACCACGGUCGGCGAAUAGCAUAAAGGCGCAAAGCAACUGGGAAAAGAAGUCCCAAUAUCUGUUGACCGAGAUUGUCAAAUAUGAGUCAUACAUUGACUCGCUCAAGGCCGCGAUGACGCUGCGGCUGAGCAAAAGAGGCGAAAAGGCGUUGGAGCGGGCACUUGUGCACGCUUCCCCUGAUAAUGAUGCAAUGGGUGCUUCCGCUGGCAAACGGAAGGACUCCACUGAUCCCGAUGAAGAUACGGCGUCCGAGGCUGAUGGACAACUACUCAACCCUAUACCCGGUUCCUCCCCCCGCUUCCAUCAUCGAAGAGAGACUGCUGAAAGUGGGCAGUAG